AUGUCCUCCCAAUUACUACAGUCGGAACUUCUUAACCUCAUCCAAGAAUCUAAAAGAAAGAAUUCUGACUUGCGAAAUGCUGCUGAAGAGUCCCUCAAUGACUUGAAGGCGCUUCCUUCUACUUCAGAGGCGCAAAUAUCCGCUGACCUUGCGCGCAAGCCCCGGUUCGUUAACCCGUUCAUUUUGGCAUGCCAUAGUCGCCAUGCGAAACUCGCCGGGAUUGGUGUCGUUUGCCUGCAACGACUGGUUGCAUCUAGGUCGCUGCCAUCAGAACGGUUGAAAGAUGUCCUAAGCGGGUUGAAAGAAAUAACAAAUCUAACCCUGGAUAUUCAGCUCAAGAUCUUACAGACUUUGCCAUCUUUAUUACAACACUAUUCCAAUGACUUAGGCGGGGAGCUUCUUGUCACGACACUCGAACUAUGUGCAACCUUGCAGUCGAGCAAGACCCUUGCAGUCUCCAGUACGGCAGCAGCUACGUUGCAGCAGCUUGUUGUUUCCACGUUUGAGCGAGUAUCUGUCGAAGACCAGAUGGACCAAGAGUCGAUGCCGACCACUACGGUGAAAGUCGAUGGAGGCUCUGUGAAAAUAGGGUAUUUUGCGCUGGAUGCUUUACAGGUUCUGGAUGAUCUUUGUCGGCUUGUGGAUGGCGAACAGUUGCACUUUCUGCGAAUCAAGUCACUGUCUCCAGCGUUUACUUUGGAGCUGAUCGAAAGUAUCCUCCUCAACAGUGGCCAGCUGUUUGUUGAUCACCCGGAACUCACGCAAGUGCUACGGAGUCGCCUCAUUCCCAUGACCGUUAGAUAUUUAUCGGAAAGGCAUACAUUCUCUCAAAUGGUGCGGAUCGCAAGAAUUCUCCUUAUCCUACUUAAGCGGUACUUGUCUCUAUUAACAGCAGAAUGUGAAAUGGCGCUGUCGCUUCUGACGCACUUACUGGAACCUGACGGAACGGCGUCAUGGAAACGAGUACUCUGUAUGGAGAUGUUUCGAGGCUUAUAUGCUGAACCGGGACUCGUCAGGAUAAUUUAUUCAUUAUAUGAUGCCGAGGAAGGGAGAAAGAAUAUCCUUCGAGACCAUAUGGCUUCGCUUGUUCGACUGGCAGCUGAAAAGCCUUCUUUGAUUGGUGUCAGUGCUCGUUCAACGGUACCUUCACGCGCGGAACACACUCGAUCUAUCACAGAAGAGCAAAUAACUCUCGAGGUUGGAGGAGUGGCAGGGGUCAUUGGAACCUCGGUCCCGUCGAAUGACACCAAUGUGCCGGGCAUCAGCAAUCAAUGGAGUGUAGUUCGCUCACCGUACCUGGAACUACUUGACAAGGCUGAACCUCCACUGCCGCCCGAAACAUACAUUUACAGUUUAGUGCUAAACUGCGUAAGCGCAUUUGCUGAAGGGCUCGCCAAAUUUAUCCUUCCACUUACAGUGCCUGACCUGAAACCGAAGCGGAAGGGCCGCAUUGCUGGGGAGCGAAAUGGGGGCUCUACGGCAGCCUCGCAGGACUUAGAAAGGGGAGACUCCUUGAAACGAUCGAGGUCAACUAAGAAGUUUCCGGUGCCGAUCAACCCUCUGGAUCUAGAAUCCCAUCCUCAACUAUCAACGAUCCGGACCUGCGCGGGGAUUGUUGAAGAUUGUUGGCCGGCCGUUCUAGCGACAUGUUCGACUUUUCUAUAUGCGUCACUGGACGAUGAUUUUUACCACAAUCUUGUUCGCUCUUUCCAGAAGCUGACACACGUUGCUGGUCUCCUAAGACUGUCCACUCCCAGAGAUGCCUUCUUGACCACUCUUAGCAAAGCCUCCAUGCCAACUGAUACAAACAUAGCGAAGCCUGUUAGUUCAGAAGCAACACCAGGGGCCCAACCAAGUGGAGCCAUGGAAAAAGGACAAAAGGGCAACGAAGCCUCCCAUGUUACGCCCCAGGAGCCCACAGAAGGCCCCGCAGCACCCUCAAGCGACCAAGCCCUCUCUCUCAGCACAAGAAACCUUCUCUGUUUACGAGCUUUGCUCAAUUUGGGAAUUGCACUUGGUCCCACCAUGGAUCGGCCUGCUUGGGCAAUAAUCCUCGGGACACUCCAAGAUGCAGACUUGUUGGUUAACAAAUCACCGACGAAAUCGCAAAGUACAGCCGGCAGUGCCUUAGAGGCCACCGGAGGGACAGUAGGUGAUGUGCCUCAAGGGAACCUGGGAACGGAAAUUAUGGCCGUGCACUCUGCAUCAUCCAAGUUGUUCGAAAGCACCAGUGAUUAUCCCGACGACACUUUCAGGGGAUUCCUGAUUGCACUCCUGGAUCUCUCUGCAACAACGGAGGAGCCCACGACAACUGAAACCUCUGAAAUGAAUGCAGGAAAAGCAUAUUUACAGCCGAGCUCUGGUCGUAUGCGCCGGUCGUCCCGUCGUGUAUCACAUGCGCUAGGGACAUCAAGGAUCCAGGACGAGGAAUUGAGGCUCGUUUUGGAUAGAGCACGGGGCUUAGCCAAAGCGAAUUUGGAAAGAAUGUCAUCACUGGCAGAGAACGACCAAAGUGCCUGGGAGCUUCUUACGGGCCGGCUAAUGGCAACUGCUGCUAACGGGCAGAUCGGUCAAGAUCACCGUUUGCAUGCAAAUGAGGUUCUCAAUUCUCUUGUCUUUGAGACGAUGAAGCAAAGGGUUGACGAAAGUGAUUUGGAAAGGGAUGCGCGACAGUUGAGAAAUCUGAAGACACUCGAAGCUCAGGUCAGAUUGCUCUACAAAAGUAGUGGUUGCCAGCUGGGUUCUCCAUCGGCUUCUAUAGUUGAAGUUCACGAGCAAAGCUUGGAGACAUUGAAGAAUAUCCUGGAACAAUUCGCUGAGACGUUUGUUCAAUGCUGGGAAGCUGUUUUCGGCCUCAUAUCCAGUGUAUUUGGCGUACCGACAGCGGGAGGCGACGGCGACGCUGCGAAAGACCUUGAUGGUGGUAGGCAGGCGCUGGUGGCCGACUCUCCCCGGCUCAUCCAAGUUGCAUACAAAAGCCUGCAACUCAUAGCAUCUGACUUCUUGACCCAACUUCCGCCACAAUGUCGUCUCGACCUUGUAGAAUCCUUUUCAAAAUUUGCUCUGCAACAGCAGGUCUUCAACAUAUCGCUUACCACAACGUCAUCCUUUUGGAAUGUCUCCGAUUUCCUUCAGGAUCAGACAGAGCGCUUCUCUAUUGAAUCACACGUCGAACUAUCUGUUACUGAGGAGAAGCUUGCUGAAUUAGCAAAGACGGAUGAUCGCUCUGUCUCGAGCAAUGCGCUCUGGCUAUUGCUUCUGCUGCGGAUAGUAGACAUCACGACAGAUAGCAGAUCGGAAGUUAGAAACUGCGCCAUUCAUACUUUGCUAAGGAUUUUUGAUGCCUAUGGCCAACAGCUCUCACCCAAGGCGUGGUGUCUAUGUUUGAAUCGUGUUUUGUUCCGGAUGGUCGAGCAGAUCGAGGCUACAUUCGCCAACGUGCAAAGCAAGGCCGGCAAAGACUCCGAUGGGGCAAAGGCAUGGACCGAGACAACAGUGCUUGUGAUAAAAGGGGUCUCUGAUCUUGUCACCAAUUUCUUUGACGCCAUCAUAAAGGAUGACAUGUUUGACGGAUCCUGGGGACAAUUGCUUGACUAUUUUCAGAAGCUAGCCAACUGGCGCCUUCUUGCGUUUAGUCAAGCAGUAUUCUCGAGUCUAUCUAGCAUUCUUUUGCGAGUUCAGCAGCCAGACGGACUCAGCACGCAGUCCAUGCAGUCGGCCUGGGCAGUAUGGUCCAGCGGCCACCCGAUGGACAAGGAAGAUACGCUGGAUCUGGAUCAGCCUAAUCAGGAUGCCGCGAUAUCGUACCUGCACGGCUUCCAGCAAAUUUACCGCUUAUACAAGGAUAAAUUAACGAAACAGGAUAUCGAAGCAAUUUUACGACACAUGAAAACGACCGCAUGGAAUUCGAUAUGCCCUAAAUAUUCGCCCGAUGUCGACCGACCGUCACAGUUGCAGGUACUGAUAAUUGACUGCUUAAGAAUGAUGUGCUUAGAGAAAGACGACUCUCAGGGCCAGAUUCUCCAAUGUCUAUCAGAGCUUGCGGACUCUGCUCUUUCAAGAUGGUCACCAAACAGUGACACCAGAAGACCGACCUACGUUGCUUUCUCCAAGAAUGUAAUAGAUCUUCUUAGCUGGUACGUUGCUGAAUACGGUAUCAAACGAGAUAUAUUCGGGGACGGCUCUGUAUCGACUGCCCUGGAGCAUCUCGCAAACCCCGUCGUCCAGCGAUAUGAAUGGCCUGGGAAGGACAAAGAACCUAGCCUCUGGCAGAAAUCAACCACAGCGUCGUUGAAUGUUUUGCGAGUGGCAAUUCCUUACGUGGAGAAGCAAUAUGGUAGUGUAAGCGAGUAUGAAGUAUCUCGGUUCUGGAAAUGUGUUAUCGAAAUUGCGAAUGGCAUCAUCGCCGCCAAUGGCUACCGAAGCGCAGCAAUUUCUGGCCCAUCUCUAUUAUCCGACGAAGCUUUUGACGUUGAUGCCUUCGGAAAGCUGAAAUCUCUAAUCAUUCCGUCCCUCGGGGCUUCAGCAAUUCAGGAUAACAUUAAGCGGGAUUUCGCCCGCGCUCUACUCAAUUCCUCUUUUAUAUAUCACCCACAACGACACGAUUUGCCAACCAAAUACCAUGAGGAUGGGCCACUUGAAGGUAUAUAUGAUGUGCGUCCAGGAAGAACCUUCGAUCCACCGCCAACUACUCGAACCAAGAUGGCAUACCACACACUGGACACUCUGUUCCAACUAUCAUCAUCACCCGGCCAAAGCUCAUCGACGGAUGAAGACGCUCAGAAGAAUAUCUCAAUUGCUCGUUCUACAUCCCCGUACCUCAUCCUACGAUGUGCUGUAUCGUUAAAGGGUUAUAUUGCAGAUCAACCCCUGCGCGGGCUCAUGCCACAGCCGACCCCAGCACGCAAGGCGCUACUGCAUCUUCUUGAAGGAAUGGUCAAUCUCCACAGCGAACCAUCAGCGAUCCCACUACCGCCUACGCCAAAUUCAAUACCGGGCCAAAACCAGAGCCACAAGAAACACCUAGUGUGGAUAUAUCCACUGGUUGUGCAGGCAGUGCAAGUGGCGGGAAAAGAGCGAGAUGGUGGACAAGUAUUACGUGCUCUAGGCGAGGUGUUACGUGAAGUUGGCAGUACUGCAUAA